AUGGCAAUCCUCACCAGCGCAAUCUCCCUUACAAGCCCCUCCCGCUGCUGCUCGAAGUGCGUAGACACGUUCGCAGCCGACUGUGGUCGCGGCGGUUGGCCCAUGCCUGACGAUGUCAUCGUUCCUUUGGUCGAUGAUAGGCGCUCCUCAGCGUGUGGGAAUGGUCGAGCUUUGGUCGCUCGUCAUUUGAACUAG